AUGACGUUAACAAUGGCGGUUGUUUUGCCAACUGUGUCUGUGAAGUUCAAUUUAUUGCCAAAAGUUUCAUCAUCUUCAAAUUUUAGUAAGAGGGUGAUGAUGUUAAAGCCUGUGUUUUGCUCAGCUGUUCAGCAAGUAGAACAGCAGGAGGAGAAAGUAGGGAUUCUCUGUGAACCUUGCAAUGGAUCAGGAUGGCUGCUUUGUGAUUUCUGCAAUGGACAAAAAACUAAUGUGAAGUCCCAAACUAAUAAGAUCUACCGCCGAUGUCCAUCAUGCAAAGCGACUGGAUACAUAUUGUGCGCAAAGUGUAAAGUCUUCAAAUGCGUCACGUUCCCAGAUCAGAGUGAUGGUGAUCAGCUUUCAUUUUGAGCAUCAAGGUCUUAUUAAAAACUAGCCUAUUCUUAAUGGGACUGUGCCCAAGACUGAUGAAAGAUUGGACAGGCAGGAGGAUUCCAGGGUUCUAUGUUCUUUUGUUUGGAGGGAAGAGGAUAAUUGAUAAAUGAGUACUGCUUACUGUUUACUGUUUAGUGAUCAGUUUUCUCCCUCUCUCUUUUUGACCAGCAAUAACGAAAAAAAUAAAUAUAUAACCCCAGUGAAUUCGUCAGAAAUUAGUUGCUCUAUAUUCUAUGGAUGAUGUUGUUUAAAAGGCUGUUAUGGAUAUUCUGACUGAGAACAGUUUCUCUAUACACAUUCAUUGUAUAGAAUAAGUACGUAUAUCUGCUGUUAAAAAACCUGUGACUUAUCUUUUGUUGUAUGAAUUGUAUCCAUAUUUUUCAUUGAUAUCUCAAAAGGAGACAAUUUUUUUUAUUUA